AUGGCUGAAGUUUCAAGAAUCUUGCAAAGCAGCCUCAUGCCCAGUUUCCAUUCACGCCCAAAAAGCCAUACAUUUCAGUCACACCCACCACUAAGUUUCAGACGACUCCCAGUUCAGUGCUCAAUCUCCACAACUGAAAGCGCCACCAAAGCUACAAAGUCGACCCAGAACAUCCCUUGGGGUUGUGACAUUGAUUCCUUGGAAAACGCUUCAGCUCUGCAGAAAUGGCUGACAGACUCAGGCCUCCCACCUCAGAAAAUGGGAAUUCAAAAAGUUGAUGUGGGGGAGAGAGGCCUUGUUGCUUUGAAGAAUAUAAGAAAAGGAGAGAAGCUGCUCUUUGUGCCUCCCUCUCUGUUCAUCACUGCAGACUCUGAAUGGACAUGUGAGGAAGCUGGUAAGGUGUUGAAGAAAUAUUCUGUACCAGAUUGGCCACUACUGGCAACUUAUCUGAUUAGCGAAGCUAGUUACUUGAAAUCUUCGAGAUGGAGCAACUAUAUAUCUGCCUUGCCAAGGCAGCCUUAUUCACUUCUGUAUUGGACUCGCGAGGAACUUGAUCGAUACUUAGAGGCAUCACAGAUUAGGCAAAGGGCAAUUGAAAGAGUUACUAAUGUUGUUGGAACAUACAAUGAUCUAAGGCUUAGGAUAUUCUCAAAGCACCCUGAUUUAUUUCCAGAAGAGGUAUUCAACAUAGAAACCUUCAAAUGGUCAUUUGGAAUUCUUUUCUCACGCUUGGUUCGAUUACCCUCAAUGAAUGGGAAGGUUGCCUUGGUUCCUUGGGCAGAUAUGCUGAAUCAUAGUUGUGAGGUGGAUACGUUUUUGGAUUAUGAUAUAUCAUCCCAGGGAGUUGUUUUUGAAACAGCGGGGCCAUAUCAGCCAGGUGAGCAGGUCUUUAUUUCCUAUGGGAAGAAAUCAAAUGGAGAGCUUUUGCUGUCAUAUGGGUUUGUCCCAAGCAAGGGUACCAACCCUAGUGAUUCUGUUGAGUUGUCAGUGUCACUUUCGAAAUCCGACAAAUGUUACAAGGAGAAGGUGGAAGCUCUGAGAAAAUACGGACUAUCAGCAAAGGAGUGUUUUCCUGUACGAAUUACUGGCUGGCCAUCAGAGCUAAUGGCAUUUGCUUAUUUAGCUGUCAGUCCUCCAAGUAUGAGCAAACAAUUUGAAGAGAUGGCUGCUGCAGCAUCAAAUAAAUCUACCGCCCCGAAGGAUUUGAGAUAUCCUGAAAUAGAGGAAGAUGUACUACAGUUCAUAUUGGAUAGUUGUGAAGAUAGCAUAUCAAAGUAUAAUAAAUUCUUACAGGCAAGUGGUUCAAUGGAUUUGGAUGUGACCUCUCCAAAGCAGCUAAACCGAAGGUUGUUUCUGAAACAGCUAGCAGUGGACUUGUCUACCAGCGAGCAAAGAAUCCUAUUCCGUGCUCAAUAUAUACUGAGAAGACAGCUGAGGGACUUACGAAAGGGCGAACUAAGAGCUCUCACGAUCUUUAAUGGGUUCAGAAAGUUUUUUAAGUGAGAAGAGUCUCACAAUUCAUUCAACAUUCACAUUCUUGUAAUGUUCAAUGAGUUUUGUGUAGCAGUGACUAGGUUUAUCCAAGAUGGUACACGUACAAUUGAGGGAUUUUACAUUCGUCCAAAUGCCCAUUAAGUUUACAAGAUAUCGUCAAUGAAGUAAGCCAGACAAACUAUGUAAGUUUAAGGGGC